AGCCUCCCGCCCCUCCCUGCGACCGCCCCCUACUCCGCCCGCCCUCUCGCCGGCGGCCCCGCCCCUCCCCCAACCGCCUGACUAGCAUGGUGCGGCGGCCGCGCGCGCAGACAUGGGGGAGAAGCUGGAGCUGAGGCUCAAGUCGCCCGUGGGGGCCGAGCCCGCCGUCUAUCCGUGGCCACUGCCGGUCUACGACAAACACCACGAUGCUGCUCAUGAAAUCAUCGAGACUAUUCGAUGGGUCUGUGAGGAAAUCCCGGAUCUCAAGCUGGCCAUGGAGAAUUAUGUCUUAAUUGACUAUGAUACCAAAAGUGGCAGUGGCAGUCCUGCUCUGGGACGGUACCUCUCUCUUGCCUGUUCCAGCUUCGAGAGCAUGCAGAGGCUGUGUGACAAGUACAACCGGGCCAUCGACAGCAUCCAUCAGCUGUGGAAGGGCACCACCCAACCCAUGAAGCUGAACACACGGCCGUCCAACGGGCUUCUGCGACACAUCCUGCAGCAGGUCUACAACCACUCGGUGACUGACCCAGAGAAGCUUAACAACUAUGAGCCCUUCUCCCCCGAGGUGUAUGGGGAGACCUCCUUUGACCUGGUGGCCCAGAUGAUCGAUGAGAUCAAGAUGACUGAGGAUGAUCUAUUCGUGGACCUGGGCAGUGGUGUAGGACAGGUGGUCCUCCAGGUUGCUGCAGCCACCAACUGCAAACAUCACUAUGGAGUCGAGAAAGCAGACAUCCCAGCCAAGUACGCGGAGACCAUGGACCGAGAGUUCAGGAAGUGGAUGAAAUGGUAUGGAAAAAAGCAUGCAGAAUACACACUGGAGCGGGGCGAUUUCCUAUCAGAAGAGUGGAGAGAGCGGAUUGCCAACACGAGUGUUAUAUUUGUGAAUAACUUUGCCUUUGGUCCUGAGGUGGAUCACCAGCUGAAGGAGCGAUUUGCAAACAUGAAGGAAGGUGGCAGAAUUGUGUCCUCGAAGCCCUUUGCACCUCUGAACUUCAGAAUAAACAGCAGAAACUUGAGUGACAUCGGCACCAUCAUGCGUGUGGUGGAGCUGUCGCCCCUGAAGGGCUCCGUAUCAUGGACGGGGAAGCCGGUCUCCUACUACCUGCACACUAUUGACCGUACCAUACUUGAAAAUUAUUUUUCUAGUCUGAAAAAUCCAAAACUCAGGGAGGAACAGGAAGCUGCUAGGCGCCGGCAGCAGCGAGAGAACAAGAGCAAUGCAACCACUCCAACCAAGGUCCCUGAGAGCAAGGCGGCUGGCCCCACCGAGACCCCCAUGGAUUCUGGUGCUGAGGAAGAGAAGACAGGGGUGACCACCGUCAAAAAGCCAUCGCCCUCCAAAGCCCGGAAGAAGAAGCUGAACAAGAAAGGGCGGAAGAUGGCUGGUCGGAAGCGUGGGCGGCCCAAGAAAAUGAACACUGCGAACCCUGAGCGUAAGCCCAAAAAGAACCAAACUGCACUGGAUCUCCUCCAUGCCCAGACUGUGUCCCAGACGGCAUCCUCCUCGCCCCAGGAUGCUUACCGGUCCCCUCACAGCCCAUUCUACCAGCUACCUCCAAGCAUGCCUCGGCACGGCCCCAACCCGCUGCUGGUGGCGCCCACCCCACCCGCACUACAGAAGCUGCUAGAGUCCUUCAAGAUCCAGUACCUGCAGUUCCUGGCAUACACGAAGACACCGCAGUACAAGGCUAACCUGCAGCAGCUGCUGGACCAGGAGAAGGAACGGAAUGCUCAGUUGCUGGGCACGGCUCAGCAGCUCUUUGGACACUGCCAGGCCCAGAAGGAAGAGAUCCGAAGGCUUUUCCAGCAGAAACUCGAUGAGCUGGGUGUGAAGGCACUGACCUACAAUGACCUGAUCCAAGCCCAGAAGGAGAUCUCAGCCCAUAACCAGCAGCUUCGGGAGCAGUCGGAGCAGCUGGAGAAGGACAACAGAGAGCUGCGAAGCCAGAGCCUGCAGCUGCUUCGGGCACGCUGCGAGGAGCUUAAGCUGGACUGGUCCACACUUUCCCUGGAGAACCUACGCAAGGAGAAGCAGGCACUUCGGAGCCAGAUCUCUGAGAAGCAGCGGCACUGCCUGGAGCUGCAGAUCAGUAUCGUGGAGCUGGAGAAGAGCCAGCGGCAGCAGGAGCUCUUGCAGCUCAAGUCCUGUGUGCCUCCUGACGAUGCACUGUCUGUGCACCUGCGUGGGAAGGGUGCCCUGAGCCGAGAGCUAGAGGCCGAGACCGCCGGCAGGCUGCACCUAGAGCUGGACUGUGCCAAGUUCUCCCUGCCUCCCUUCAGCAGCAUGAGUCCCGAACUCUCCAUGAAUGGCCAUGCCACCAGCUAUGAGCUCUGUAGUGCGCUGAGCCGGCCCUCGUCCAAGCAGAACACCCCUCAGUACCUGGCUUCCCCCUUGGACCAGGAGGUUGUGCCCUGCACCCCCAGCCACAGUGGCCGGCCUCGGCUGGAGAAGCUGUCUGGCCUGGCUCUGCCCGACUACACCAGGCUUUCCCCGGCCAAGAUCGUGUUGCGGCGGCACCUGAGCCAGGACCAUGGAGGGUCAGCCAAGGCAGCAGCCAGUGAGCCACAUCUGAGAGCUGAGCAUGCCAAGGAGAACAGCCUUUCCUACCAGAGCCCUGGUCUGUCCAACAGCAUGAAGCUGAGCCCUCAGGACCCAAGGCCCCCUUCUCCUGGGGCCAUCCCCACAGUAGGGGAGAAGAACAGCGAGAAGGGCGGGAAGGAGCGCAUUUACAGCAGCCAUGGGGAGACCAUCACCAGCCUGCCCAUCAGCAUCCCACUCAGCACUGUGCAGCCCAACAAGCUUCCUGUCAGCAUUCCUCUGGCCAGCGUGGUGCUGCCCAGCCGCGCCGAGAGGGUGAGGAACACCCCUAGCCCUGGACCGCAGCCCCGAGACUCCUCAUCCACUCUUGAAAAGCAGAUCAGUGCUAAUACCCACGGUGCUGGGAGCAGUGCCUCAGGAAGCCGGAGCCUGGCCCUGGCAUCUUCAGGUUUCUCCUAUGCUGGCUCCAUGGCUAUUAGUGGGGCCCUGGCUGGCAGUCCUGCACCACUGGUGCCUGGAGUUGAGCCAGCUACCUUUGACGAGUCCUCAGGCUCAGGGAACCUCUUCACCACUGUGGGGUCCCGAAGCACCACGCCACAGCACCCCCCUCUGCUGGCACAGCCUCGGAACUCGGGACCUGCCUCUCCCACCCACCAGCUCUCUGCUAGUCCCCGGCUUGUGGGGGCUGCCCAGGCCCUGCUUCCUGACACAGGCAAAGGUGAUCUGCCCACUGAUCCUGGCUUCUCGGACCCAGAGAGCGAUGCCAAGAGGAGAAUUGUGUUCACCAUCUCGGCUGGUGUGGGCAGUGCCAAGCAGUCACCCUCCACCAAGCACAGCCCUCUGGCCCCAGGCACCCGAGGAGACUGUGGGCCAAGCCACGGGCAGGACAGCCGCAAGCGUGGCCGGAGGAAGCGCACGUCGGCUGGGACUCCCAGUCUGAGUGCAGGCGUGUCCCCCAAGCGACGAGCCCUGCCUACCGUUGCUGGUCUCUUCACCCAGUCCUCAGGGUCCCCUCUCAACCUCAGCUCCAUGGUCAGUAACAUCAACCAGCCUCUGGAGAUCACGGCCAUCUCAUCCCCUGAGAACUCCCUGAAGAGCUCCCCCGUCCCCUACCAGGACCACGACCAGCCUCCCGUGCUCAAAAAGGAACGGCCCCUGAGCCAGACCAAUGGGGCACACUAUUCCCCGCUGACCUCAGACGAGGAGCCAGGCUCUGAAGAUGAGCGCAGCAGUGCCCGAAUUGAGAGAAAAAUUGCAACUAUUUCCUUGGAAAGCAAAUCUCCCCCGAAAACCUUGGAAAAUGGUGGCAGCUUGGGAAGGAAGCCAGCACCCGCAAGUGAGCCAGUCAACAGCAGCAAGUGGAAAUCCACCUUCUCACCCAUCUCCGACAUAGGCCUGGCCAAGUCUGCUGACAGCCCUCUGCAGGCCAGCUCCACCCUGGGCCAGAACUCCUUGUUCUCAUUCCGGCCAGCCUUGGAGGAACCCGCAGCAGCCGAUACCAAGCUCGCCACCCACUCAAGGAAAAGCUUUUCUGGGUCACUGUCUGGCACCGAUGGGCUCAGUCCUGGCACCAACCCUCCCAACGGCCUGGCCUUCAGUGGGGCCCUGGCCGCGGACCUCAGUUUACAUGGCUUCAACGAUGGUGCUUCCCUGUCCCACAAGGGCCCUGAGGCAGCCGGCCUGAGCUUUCCCUCGCAGCGGGCCAAGGAGGCUCCCCCGGAGGCCAACCCCUUCUUUAACAAGCGGCAGCUGGAGGGCCUAGGUGGCCUGAAGGGCGAGGGUGGCCCAGGCAAGGAGCCGGGCGAGCCAGGCCUGCCCCUUUGUGGGCCCACGGACAAGGCUGCUCUGCCACAUGGCAGUAGGGCUAGCAAGGCCCGGGACCGUGAGCUUGACUUCAAGAAUGGCCACAACCUGUUCAUCUCUGCUGCCACCGUGCCCCCCGGGGGCCUCCUGGGUGGCCCCAGCCUUGCCCCAGCAGCAUCUUCUACAGGCAGUGCGGCCUCAGCAGCCCAGGCACACCGCCCCUUUCUGGGCGCCUUCACCCCCGGGCCACAGUUCACCCUGGGCCCUGUGUCCCUGCAGGCCAACCUGGGUGCAGUGGCUGGCUCUUCCGUGCUACAGUCCCUGUUCAGCUCAGUGCCAGCCGCUGCUGGCCUGGUGCACGUGUCAUCCGCCGCAACCCGCCUGACCAACUCGCAUGCUAUGGGCAGCUUCCCCUCCGGGGUGGCCGGCGGAACCGUUGGAGGUGUCUCUAACCACGCGGUGCCUUCCGCCUCUGCUCGCCCGUUUGGAGCCAGUGUCGGCAGCGGGGCUGUGUGCAGCAGCGCCACGCUGGGCCUGGGCCCACUGCAGGCGGCGGCCAGCACCUCGGCCUCUUCCUUUCAGGCCCCGGCCUCGGCCGAGACGCGGCCGCCCCCUCCACCUCCCCCGCUUCCUCCUCAGCACCUGGGCAUCCUCCAUGCACCCCCUCCACCUAACGUCACCUUGCCUCCUCCCCCUGCGCUGCUGGCCUCUAACCCUGAGCCCGUGCUUUUGCAGAACCUAGCGUCCAUCCCAGCUAACAAAGCUUUUUUACCCCUCUCCUCUGCCGCCUCUCUGCAGCCUGCUAACGCCUCUCUGUCUGUCAAGCUCGCCUCUCUCCCGCACAAGGCCUCCCGCCCCUCCUUCACGGUACACCACCAGCCGUUGUCCCGGCUAGCCCUGGCGCAGGCUGCACCCGCUGUCCCACAGGCCAGCUCCACGGGGCCGUCUGCUGUGUGGGUUUCUCUUGGCAUGCCGCCUCCUUAUGCCGCGCACCUUUCGGGGGUUAAGCCCCGAUAAAGAGCUUGCUUAGCUAGCAGUUCGUAUUUUGUAAGGUAACUAGGAUUUCUACCUCACCCGCGCGACCUAUGCAAGGGCGGUGUGGACCAAGCAUCUGCUGUUUGGUGCUCAAGCUGCCAGGCUCCCGCCCCAGACGGAAGGACAGAUGGACAGCAGAGGCGGGCAGGAUGAGGAGCUCCACUGUGAAUCAGCAGCACACCGCAGGAGGUGCUGGGACUGGUCCAGUCUGUACUGUCAAUAGUUUUAGAUAAAGUAUUUAUCAUUUUUUAAAAAGUAUAAACAAUUCUGACUUAUUUUAUUCCAUCUGAGUUGUCAGAGGCAACCUAUUGAGAAGUAUAAAUGUCUAUGUAAGAGAGAACCUUAUAUAUAAAGACUCGGGCCGCAGGGCAGCCCUGCCAAGACACCCGCCACCGCAAACCCGGUGCUACGGCCACCAGGCCCGCGCCUGCCUCUGCCUCUUGGUGCCGCCCUGGACACUGACCAAUGCCAAAGCCGGUCCUCGGACACCUGCCAUGCCCAGCCAAAGGCACCAGCCCUGGCCAAGGCUGUCAGAAAGUCCAUCGGAAAAGGCCCUGUUCCUGGCGGCCAGCACUCCACUCCUCUGGAGCCACCGCCCUGCCAGAGAUGGACCCAACUGUGAACCGCUAACAGAGGGUCCUGACUGUGGCAUAUGGCCAGCCGGGCUCACAGGAGCUGGCUCGCAGGGCCUUUCUUUUUGAUGGAGUGCUCAGCAGGCCAGCAGCGGUGGGAAGGGGCCUGUGUGACAUAAAGCUCUUCUGAGUGGUGCUUCACCGCGGUGGCACAUGUGACAAGUGCAGUUACUUUUGUAUUCCAUUGGUUUUUGGCUGGAGCAGGCUGGCUGGGUGAUGUGGGGCAGGCCUGCUGCCGGCCCCAGUGUUUAUGUAUAGGAGAGAGUCACACUCAUGUGUGAUGGUAUUUUAUAGAGAUGGCGAUGAAAAUUUAUAAAUUUCAUAGACUUGACUGCAUUUAUUUUUAGAUUGUAUAAUGCACAGUGAGCUUAAAAAGAAAGAAAAGCAAGGGGAAUAGAAACUUUAUUUAUUCAAAUGCACAAAAAUGGCACUGGCCCCAGGGCUGGCCCUCACCCCACACCUUGCAGGAGUGCAUGCCCCCAUACCUGCAGCCAGGGUCCUGCCUGUCACUGUGUCCUCGAAGGUUCCCUUGGCUGCUGUGAGUGGUCCUGGUGUCUGCCCCACCCCAACAGCCUUGGAGUGCUGGCAUGCGUGUGCUGGCCCUGGCUGUGGCCUCAGCCAGGGCUUGGGCUGUCCUGCUGCUUCCAUGUGGGAGGCCUUAGUAUUGGGUUUCCGGUUGACCCAGCCUUGCCAGCCUGUGUCUGGACCCCUACUCCUCUCCACCUAGCAGUGAGUUCUCAAGAUGGUGCUGGGGACUCCUCCCCCCACGUUGGUGCUCUCAGCCUGGCCUCUAGGUGCUGCGCCUCAUUCCCACGGACCCUGCCCCAGGACUCAGCACGGGGCAGCGCCCUGCUUGGCAUUGGGGGGCAGGGGUCAUCUCUCACCACACAGCGCCCUAGGUGACAGUAGCAAAGUCAGCAGGCAGCAAGUCCCUGCUCUCGGAUCAUGUUCUCUAAACAAACACUGUAUGCUUCUGCUGGCCAGCGUAACGGCCGGCGCCAGCUCGAGACAGCCCUGCCCCAUGAACAUAUCUACAUGUAUACUUGAGUGUUGGGAGACUAAAUACCCUAUGUGGGGAACACACCCACAGUGUAGCCACUGCUGGGUUUUGGUGCAUCUAGCAUGGGCACAAGUCGCCUCUUGAGCCCACAGGGAUGGACGUGUGCCCCUGCAGUAAGCUAACCAUGUGCAGGGCGCCUCCCCUUCUCUGAACCCUGGGGCUGAGCUGCACUGGUUCUCACCCAGACCUGCUGAGCCAUGUCACCAAGAGGUGGGCAGGACAGCGGCACAAGGCCAUCCUGGAGUCUGGUGCUGGCAGUGGCUCCACUGUCCUGGGCCGACCCAGCUUGGGGACUGGUGCUGCCCUGGCCCUCGGGCAACUCCUGGGAAGCUGCCAUACAGCUCUUGCUCAGGAAUUGGUCAGGAAACCUUCAGGACCAGACAAUCCACCCUCUUGGGACCUUGCUGACCCACUGGUCACCAGGAACCAGGCUUCCCAUCCUUUAUGUGAGCCCCGUGAAUGUCUACUUAUUUAAGACUUACCCAUCCCCUAUUUAUCCACCCACAGAAUUCAUGGCCUUGCUUCCUCCUCAUGGUGAAAUGGUCCAUCCACACACAGCUCGCCUCACACCCCAUUAUCUGCCCCUUGCUGGCUUUGCUUUGUGUCUGUAGUGAACUCUGUACCCCUCCCCAGGGCGCCCACUGCACUGUUCCCACCCGUCGGCGCUGUAAUAAAAGCAGUUUUCACUUGGA